AUGACUACUGCGCCUCCCGCCUACUCGACUGGGGAUGCCCCCCCUUCCUAUGAAGAGGUCGUCCAGAAAUUCGAAAGUCUGAUUGGGAGCAACCCUACCGCGGUCGGGGUCUACGAGGCGGCAUCGAAGGGUCUCACUCAGGCUGAUCUUAAAGUCCUCAUCGAAAACCACGAGGCUCAUUUCCCUUUGAAGACCGAUAAAGAAAAGGCCGACUUCGCGAGGGGUGCGGCCGAAACCUCCUCCGCAACCGAGCUUCAAGCUUCUCUGGAGAUUUCUGCCAAAGCAGCGUCGGCCACGGCAGGAGACGUCAGGCUCCGAUUCGACGGCCUGCAGGCAAAGCUUGAACAGAUUGACUUGCGCUGGCAAACCGACUGGGCAGAGAAAUUCGUUGAGAUGUUAAGGUCAUUCCAGUCGGUCGUGGACGACAGUCAGGAUGCCGCUCUCCAGUCCUACAAUGUUAUGAGAAAAUUUGACAAUCAGGAUACCUUGUACUGCGACGACAGUAGUAAGUCAAUCGAAGACCGCAAGGCCAGAAUCGAAGGUGUUAUUAAAGCCGCGAACGGCUUGAAGGAAGUAAACAUUGACAUCACCACACGGCUGAAAGACAAUGUUUCCAGUCCCUUGGAAACCUUCAUCGAUGACUUUGUCAAGUGGGCGAAGGGCAAGGAAGGGGAAUUGAGUGCCGAGCUUGCCAAAGUCUUGGGGGACCUCGUCGAUCUCCAAGGAGAUCUCGCUCAGUUGGAGCUGGAUCUUCAAGCCGUCAAUCAUGUUUCGCAGGGCAUGAUGCCAAUCCUGGAAGGGCUGGCUGCUUGUUUCCCUCCAUACGGAUCCCUCAUCGCACUUGGUGGGCUACUCGUAGCCGGUGUGUCACUGGCGACUACCACAGCCCUCAUGAUUCAAAUCGGCAAGACGAAGCAGGCGAUAGCCGACAAGACUCGGCAGAGAGACCAACUGAUGGCCGACCUGGAACAGAUACGGGAGGCCCGAGAGGCGGUUGCAGCCAUGUCCUCAGCCGACCUCAGCUCUUUCGGAGGAGCGAUCUCGUCAAUGACCAGCGCUCCCAAUGCUACCAUCAAAGAUGCGGAAGAAAUCCGGGAUUGGCUGGAUAAGGGUGCGCCUGAAGAUAACCGUCCUUUCUAUCUGGGCGUUAGAAUCAAUGAUAACGCCAAGAGCUACGCCUCCCUGGGCAACUAUCUGAAGGAGUACGGACGGGGCGUCAUGCGUUUCUGCACGAAUCCCACGCCCAUCCCCGACGACGAAUAA